AUGGCGGUGGUGAUGACAGCAGCAUCUUCAUCGUUAUCCGCCGUCAGAUCGGAAGCCACGACUGCGGGCAACGGUGCACCAGCUCCAGAGAACCGGAAGCCGUCGUCGACGAGGCCACUUCUAUCGGUGUCGAAGCCUACUUGGAUCGUCAGAACCGAGUCAAAUGUUCGGAAAGAACGCAUAGCACCACCGGUUCCACCCUGUGUUGUGUGUAGAGGAUGUGGUAGAGUUGAUUGCUACAACUGCAAUGGAAGAGGACGGACAAAUCAGAUCGAACUGGCAAUGCUUCCUAAAGGAGAAUGGCCAAAAUGGUGCAGGAGCUGCGGCGGCAGUGGUCUUGCUUACUGUGCGCGGUGUUUGGGGACUGGAGAGUACAGAUUAAAUAUGUAUGGUCAUGUAUGUGAAGUCCACAAAUUUAGAGGGAAUCAUUCCGAGGGAAAUAUAAGGGCAUUGGAAAUGGGAGAGGGAUGCGUUGCAAGCGUCCCAUCCCCCCGCGUGUUACAUGGCCGAUGGACGAAGGUGGGCAGUAGGGGUUAGGGGGUUUUACUAUUUUAUGUACUUAUAACGAAUCUUACAUGGGAUAUCAUUCCCACUGGGUCUUAUUACUA